AUGCGGCGCUUCUUCAGGAGCGGCACCCGCAUUUGGUGGAUCGGGUUGUGCUCCUGGCCCCGUUGGUUCAUGCCCGAGGAGUACGUCGCGGAGCUGCGAGAUGUGCUGGGAAGCAGGCCGAAAAUCAAGGUGCCUGCGGUACUAAUUCAUGGCGAGUGUGAAACCGACGAUGAUGGGUCGGCCCCAUGGCGAGUGAAGGAAUGGGUGGAAGAGCAGAAGCGGAACGCAUCGCGGGAAGAUGUUCAAGCUCACUCGCACGAUCCAGAUGCCUCAACGACAAUGACACGGCCGCCUUUCCACGGGAUCUUCUUCCCCGAGGGCCAGGGGCAUGAGCUCAGCAUGGUAGGCGUCGAAGGAGAGACGCCCACAUGGGAGGAGCUUGUUGACUGGAUGCUCACCUCGACUCCACCUGUCCUGUGCCCAUCGCCUCCGAAUGGCAGCGUCGCGGAUCUCCGCAGCAGAUGCUCGUCUAAAUCUUCGGUGGAAGGCACAUCCACCCCUCCCAAUCGUCCCGCCAAACAUUUUCUGUACCUCCAUGGUUUUGGUGACACCGAUGGAGAGGAGAGAGAGUUUGUGAAGGACCAGCUCGAGCGCGUGAUUGCACACCAGGGCUAUGAGCACGUGCGCAUCCAUGCGCCUACGUACCAUCCAAACGGGGACAUAGAUGCGACACGACUACUCUCUUUCAUCGACGGUGACCUCGUGAAGCUAGCUGAAAGUUUGGAGUCGGACGCGGGAACGGCAUCGAGUGGCAGCAAUGCGGUUUUCUCCGCCGUGAUCGGCUUUUCAGUCGGUGGAUAUGUAGCGGCGCUUCUUCAGGAGCGGCACCCGCAUUUGGUGGAUCGGGUUGUGCUUCUGGCCCCGGCGAUUGAUAACUACGAGCGGAACUUCAAAGGACAGCGCAGUUGGUUCAUGCCCGAGGAGUACGUCGCGGAGCUGCGAGAUGUGCUGGGAAGCAGGCCGAAAAUCAAGGUGCCUGCGGUACUAAUUCAUGGCGAGUGUGAAACCGACGAUGAUGGGUCGGCCCCAUGGCGAGUGAAGGAAUGGGUGGAAGAGCAGAAGCGGAACGCAUCGCGGGAAGAUGUUCAAGCUCACUCGCACGAUCCAGAUGCCUCAACGACAAUGACACGGCCGCCUUUCCACGGGAUCUUCUUCCCCGAGGGCCAGGGGCAUGAGCUCAGCAUGGUAGGCGUCGAAGGAGAGACGCCCACAUGGGAGGAGCUUGUUGACUGGAUGCUGACCUCGACUCCACCUGUUCUGUGCCCAUCGCCUCCAAAUGGCAGCGUCGCGGAUCUCCGCAGCAGAUGCUCGUCUAAAUCUUCGGUGGAAGGCACAUCCACCCCUCCCAAUCGUCCCGCCAAACAUUUUCUGUACCUCCAUGGUUUUGGUGACACCGAUGGAGAGGAGAGAGAGUUUGUGAAGGACCAGCUCGAGCGCGUGAUUGCACACCAGGGCUAUGAGCACGUGCGCAUCCAUGCGCCUACGUACCAUCCAAACGGGGACAUAGAUGCGACACGACUACUCUCUUUCAUCGACGGUGACCUUGUGAAGCUAGCUGAAAGUUUGGAGUCGGACGCGGGAACGGUAUCGAGUGGCAGCAAUGCGGUUUUCUCCGCUGUGAUCGGUUUUUCAGUCGGUGGCUAUGUAGCGGCGCUUCUUCAGGAGCGGCACCCGCAUUUGGUGGAUCGGGUUGUGCUUCUGGCCCCGGCGAUUGAUAACUACGAGCGGAACUUCAAAGGACAGAGUAGUUGGUUCAUGCCCGAGGAGUACGUCUCGGAGCUGCGAGAUGUGCUGGGAAGCAGGCCGAAAAUCAAGGUGCCUGCGGUACUAAUUCAUGGCGAGUGUGAAACCGACGAUGAUGGGUCGGCCCCAUGGCGAGUGAAGGAAUGGGUGGAAGAGCAGAAGCGGAACGCAUCGCGGGAAGAUGUUCAAGCUCACUCGCACGAUCCAGAUGCCUCAACGACAAUGACACGGCCGCCUUUCCACGGGAUCUUCUUCCCCGAGGGCCAGGGGCAUGAGCUCAGCAUGGUAGGCGUCGAAGGAGAGACGCCCACAUGGGAGGAGCUUGUUGACUGGAUGCUCACCUCGACUCCACCUGUCCUGUGCCCAUCGCCUCCGAAUGGCAGCGUCGCGGAUCUCCGCAGCAGAUGCUCGUCUAAAUCUUCGGUGGAAGGCACAUCCACCCCUCCCAAUCGUCCCGCCAAACAUUUUCUGUACCUCCAUGGUUUUGGUGACACCGAUGGAGAGGAGAGAGAGUUUGUGAAGGACCAGCUCGAGCGCGUGAUUGCACACCAGGGCUAUGAGCACGUGCGCAUCCAUGCGCCUACGUAUCAUCCAAACGGGGACAUAGAUGCGACACGACUACUCUCUUUCAUCGACGGUGACCUCGUGAAGCUAGCUGAAAGUUUGGAGUCGGACGCGGGAACGGCAUCGAGUGGCAGCAAUGCGGUUUUCUCCGCCGUGAUCGGCUUUUCAGUCGGUGGCUAUGUAGCGGCGCUUCUUCAGGAGCGGCACCCGCAUUUGGUGGAUCGGGUUGUGCUUCUGGCCCCGGCGAUUGAUAAUUACGAGCGGAACUUCAAAGGACAGAGUAGUUGGUUCAUGCCCGAGGAGUACGUCUCGGAGCUGCGAGAUGUGCUGGGAAGCAGGCCGAAAAUCAAGGUGCCUGCGGUACUAAUUCAUGGCGAGUGUGAAACCGACGAUGAUGGGUCGGCUCCAUGGCGAGUGAAGGAAUGGGUGGAAGAGCAGAAGCGGAACGCAUCGCGGGAAGAUGUUCAAGCUCACUCGCACGAUCUUGAUGUCUCAACGACAAUGACACAGCCGCCUUUCCACGGGAUCUUCUUCCCCGAGGGCCAGGGGCAUGAGCUCAGCAUGGUAGGCGUCGAAGGAAAGACGCCCACAUGGGAGGAGCUUGUAAGCUGGAUGCUGAAAGAACAGGGGAUAACCGAUCAGCAGUGA